UUGUAUGUUUACCCUGGCUCCCCUAGUCGCAUCACUUUUCAUGGAGCCUGUUCCUUUGGCGCCGCCGUCACAAGCAAAAGGCUUGGGUUAAACGCGCGUCUCGUUAACAUUUUUGGCUGUGACGCUACAGUUUGCAAGCGUGCCAUGCCUGUUUUGAAGGUUUUAGGCUUGAAGUUUCGUGGUUAUAGGCCUCGAGCAUGCUAAGCAGCAUGGUUUUAGGCUUUCAGUUUGACUUGCAGCUUGUAGAUUUAGGAAUUUGCAGCGUAUCACAUCGGACCGCCACGCUCACGACAAGUUAUGUGGGCCAUGCUGCGGGCCUGGAAGGCGAAGGGGGAAUAUGAUCUUGCCGAGUGGUUGGACGCGCGUGGUUUGGGUCAGUAACUUGGUUCAGGCGUUUGCGGAGCUGAGCCACCCUGUGUCCAUCAACGCUUUGCUCACCUUGGCGCGCGCUGGCAACCCGCGCUUAUCGGGUGGACGAUGAAAAGGACAGGGCUGUGGCUGUGGUGCUGCUGCAGGUCGCAUCCUUGGGGUUCUACUUCGUGGGUGGCCACCUUCGUGGAGGUGACGCUGCUGGAGCCGCCCCAGCAUCAUGUCCAGCCUUCCCGGCCGUAGCGUUGGCGACCGGGCUUUGCGCCCCGCUGUGGUGAAAAGGAUGCUGCUGAUGCCUGUGCCAUCAAUUGUUACCGGUUACUGGGGCUUAUUGCAAUCGUAGCGCCGAAGCCAUUUGGCCCAGCAACUUCAUUUGAACGGUCCGGGCGCUGCCUCCUAUCCUGCCUGUGUUUGCUCUGACGGUCGGGUGCCCCAACCCCAAGGCCUGGCAAAGGGCACAGCAGCCGCGUCUGCAGUGCACGGUUGCAGCGGGAGCUGGAAGCCAGCGCCCGAGCCCACCUUGGCGUCCGAACGCAUUCGCCUCUAGCUUGCAACGCUGGCUCUCGCGAUGGGGUUAGAGGCGCUCCACAGAUUUGAGUGAAUCAGAUGGCGCCGACAAGACUUUGGGUUGGUCGUCCGGGACAUCGACGCGCUCUUCGCUUGCGUCUUGGAGCUGGGGCUGCGCGCGCAAGAGACUCGAUCGUUGGUUGCGAAAACGGGCGGACGUACGAGCAACUUGGUUGCCCUGUGCGCAAGGGUGCCCUGCUGGAGCCGGCCGUGACCGCUUUGCGCGCGAAGUUGGCCGAGGAUCUUAGGGGUGCUGAGGGGCUGAAGGAGACGGAGGAUGGAGGCGCCGAAACAUUGGUCUUCUACCAGAGCUCAGACGGGCAACUCAUUUUCUUGGAACCACAUCUCAUGAAACAGCUCCUGUCGAGCUACAGCACCUGGGCACGCCUGCCGCCGUCGGUGCUGCUGAAGCCGCUGAAGUCCAUGCGACAGGAGGCGUUGACAGAUGAAAUGAAGAAGAGGCAGAUGGACCGGAUGGAUUUGCCGGGAGAAUGGGUAACUGAUGAUGGAUUUGAGGUGCACCGCUUCUUGCAGCACCUGCCCUCCGAUGCCGCCGGGAACCUCAUCGCCUUUGCCGACGGCGAGGUCCUCGCAGGCGAUGAAGGCAAAAGCAACGGCAAGGGCAGGAAGGGCAAAGGCCGGCGUAAGCCCCGAGAGCCUCGCGACGGGGCUGGCCGUGAGCGUUUGGAGAGCCAAGAGAGCAAGGCCAGUGCUUCCUUCAGCGGUGCAGACGGCCACACGGGAAGCGAGCCGCUGGCUUCGCCUUCGCUGGCGCCAGAGCCCGAACCAGCACAAGAGGGCUGCCUCAUCCGAUCUGCUUCGAAGACGCCUGGUCUGAGCCAGAGAAAGCAGAAGUUGCGGCACUUGAUGGCCCAGAGCUUUUGAACGAUGCAGACGCCUGACAUGUGCGUGUGCAAAGUUGGAGAAAAGCCCUCUGCUUUGGAGAGAGCGGAGUGUUCGCCGGUAGAGUUGUGUCCCCAAAACAAAGCCGACGGAUUUAUGGCAGAGAUUGCCAGGGACGUAGAAACUUUCUGAGAGCAUUCUCACUUGGCCAUGAAUGAAGAUGGGGAGUACUGUUACUUUCAGAUUCCAGAUGGCGAUAAAUCGUGUCAUACAAUGUGCUCCGAAACCUUCUUCGUAUUUUUGGAGGGCUUAUUGUUUAGCUGAGCUCAUCAAACCAGCGUGCGGCUUGAGUGGCUUGAUUGCUAUCAGGGGAUGGAAAGAAAGAAC